AGUUGAAAUUCAUGGGAAUUGUGAGUUCCUAUAAAACAUGGGAAGUAAAUUACCUAGUCCUCCUUUGGUCAAUCAAAAUUCAUGUGUCAACCAAACAAUUUUAAGAAAUUCCCAUGAAUUGAACAUGGAAACUAAUUUCCCUUGAAUUAGAAUUUAAUUCUCAUGUCAACCAAACAAGUCCUAAGAUGCUAAAGAUUACAACUUCAUACGUCAAAACAAACAAACAAACAGAUAAAUAAGAUAGGAUAGGAUCCCAUUACCCCAAUCACAAACCUUGAUCCAUAUACGAGUAUAUAAUUAAAGCAGAUUCAAAUUUUAUCUUUUCUUUUCAACAAAAAAGAUUUAAAAUUCUAUCUUUCCCACUCUGUUUGAUUGAAUCACUAUCAAAUCUUUUCUAAAUAGCGUGCAAAGCUGGCAACUUGCUCACUAAUUGACCACGAAGAUCCCCAGAUCAAGACAAAUUCAUCCUUUUCAACCCACAUUAAUUCCAUUGAUUUUACAUAAAUCACGACCAAAGUUCUCACCUUUUGAAAUUUUGGGUGUUAAUCAACCCAUAUUUUAAUUACCAAUCAACCCCACUUCAAAUCAUUGCCAAAGUUUUCCUCUUUUACAAUUAAAUUAAUGGGUUUGGAAAGGGGAGAAGAAAUCACCCCAAAAAUGUCCAAAUUUAGAUACAAUUCCCCAUUAAUUCAAGUAAUUUUAAUAGGGUUUGUAUGUUUUUGUUGCCCAGGUAUGUUCAAUGCACUUUCUGGCAUGGGAGGUGGUGGUCAGGUUGAUCAUACAGCAGCCAACAAUGCUAACACAGCUCUAUACACUACAUUUGCUGUGUUUGGCAUUCUGGGUGGUGGAAUUUACAACCUAUUAGGCCCUAGAUUAACCUUGCUCGCAGGGUGUUCGACGUAUGUCCUGUAUGCAGGCUCAUUUUUGAGCUAUAAUCAUCACCACUCUCAGAGUUUUGUUAUUGUUUCUGGUGCACUUUUGGGUGUGGGUGCUGGUUUGCUGUGGGCUGGUCAAGGAGCAAUCAUGACUUCAUAUCCUACAACUAAUAGAAAAGGGACUUAUAUUAGUCUUUUCUGGAGUAUUUUUAACAUGGGGGGUGUAAUUGGUGGGUUAAUACCCUUUAUACUGAAUUACAAUAGGGGUGAAGCUGGUUCUGUUAAUGAUGGGACUUAUAUUGGGUUUAUGUGUUUUAUGGGUUUUGGUGCAAUUCUUUCAUUGGGUAUUUUACCACCUAGUGAGGUGAUUAGGGAUGAUGGUAGUGUAUGUACUCAUAUAAAAUACUCGAAUGUAGCGACUGAAGUUGUCGAGAUUCUUAAGUUGUUCUUGAAUUGGAAGAUGUUAUUGAUUGUUCCAGCAGCUUGGGGGAGUAAUUUUUUCUAUACUUAUCAGUUUAAUAAUGUAAAUGGGGAGUUGUUUAAUUUAAGGACUAGGGGGUUUAAUAAUGUCUUUUAUUGGGGGGCACAGAUGUUGGGGUCUGUUGGUAUUGGAUACUUGAUGGAUUUCAGCUUUCAGAGUAGGAGGAAAAGGGGUUUUCUUGGGAUUUUGGUUGUUGGUUUGCUUGGGACUGCAAUUUGGGGAGGUGGUCUUGCUAAUCAGCUGAGAUACUCUAGAAAUCAUGUUCCUGAGAAGUUGGACUUUAAGGAUUCGGGUGCUGCUUAUGCUGGUCCCUUCUUGUUAUAUUUUAGCUAUGGCUUGUUGGAUGCCAUGUUCCAAAGUAUGGUAUACUGGAUUAUUGGUGCUCUUGCUGAUGACUCUGAGACCCUUAGCAGGUACAGCGGCUUCUACAAGGGGGUGCAGAGUGCCGGGGCAGCAGUUGCAUGGCAAAUUGAUGUGCAUAGUGUCUCUUAUUUAAACCAGCUGAUUGUGAACUGGGUAUUGACAACAGUCAGCUAUCCCCUCCUGCUUCUGCUUAUUAUUUAUGGAGUUAAGGAUGAAAGUACAAAUGACAGACAAUUCAUUGAAGAUAAGAAUGAUAGGCUAAGCAGUUUAACUUAAUGCUCAUUUUUCCUUUUUCCCUUUUCCACAUUCUCCUUAGUGAACAGAUGAUUUAUGUUUAGGUAGUCCGAAGGAGGCAGGUUCAUAAUUAGUAUGCCUAGGAUAGAUUAGAUACAGACUCACGUAUGACUUAUAUACUUCAUAUACUUAUAGUGCCAAUAUGUCAAUUAACUAGAAGAAUAAUGUGAUUGUAAGCACGGUAAGAAGCACUCCGUAUUUAUUAGUUAAUGGAAAGGUUCGUACAGUUACUCUUCUUUAUA